AUGUCUUCGCCAAUGGCACAGGCGUUAGGCCCAUCAACACAGUUUGCCGAAAGUCUAGCGCCAGCUACUCCCAUGCCGUAUCCAUUUCAAGUCCGACGUAUGGUUAGCACUGUGCAGCCAGUGAUAGCACGCCGUGAUGUGCGUUUCUCCACGCCCACACCGAUUAUGAUCUCUAAAAAGGUACCGAUAGGAGUGAAUCUCUCAUGCAGCGGGGUCGUCGAUGAAGCCACGCGUCCUUCUGAAGCUGCCAGUGAACGUGGUGAUGUUGCCGCUGAUCAGAAUCGUGGAGACAGCGAAGGAGACGAAGAAGAUGGUCGCACCUCUCCGGAUGUCUUGUCAACGUCGAUAAGAAGUAAUGAGGACACAUGGGACUUUUGGGAUCGAGUCUACAGUGAUCCGGAGCUGCGUCAGAGUAUGCAAGAGAGGCAGAGAGAUUCACCUAUGGCUGAAUUGCUGCAUUCGGAUAAACUUUGCAAAGCACACAAGUGGUGUUCCUCAACGUGCCACGAUUGGCUUACGCAGCAUGUCGUUCGUAGCCUAAUUCAUCGGGAAAUCAACUCAAAUCUACCAAUUUUGGACAUUCACAUCACUUAUAGGAAAUGGACUGUUCGCUUCUAUCGUAGCGAAGACGCUGUGCAGGUACUGCGGCACUUCAACGGGUUCUCUUUUCGAAAUCAUAAACUUCUAGUGCGCGCCUGUCAGAACAACUCAUCGUUCGGUGACGCGGCGGCCCUGGAAGAAGCGGCUCAGCAAGAGAACGAAGAACGACGUGUUGGUUCUGGUGCUUCGUCGGAAAUUCAACGACCUGAUUACGAUUCCCUUUGGACGCUCACCGAAUGGAAGGACAUCAUGGAGUUUAAGAAAGACCUGAUAGCGAUCCUCGAAGGCAAGCAAACUGGCAUGGUGUUGAAUGAAGCGUUAGCUGAAGCGGCUGUAUCCCAACGCCGCGGUUUUGUGUCAGCUGCAGCCGAACUCUGGCCAACAGGACUUAUUCGAAUAUUGUUACCUGAGGUAAAAGCAAUCGGCCGAUGUGCAUGUCUAGCUGGACAUGAGGAUAUGGCAGCACUAGUACGGAGAGCUGCUCAAGAGGGCACACCGAGAUUGAUGACGGACUCAUGGGAACCGAUUCCGCCGUGCGAAAUACGUACAGAGCAGCACCUACUCAGCUAUCUGGCAGCGUUCCUUGGACAUUUCGGGCCUCAGCAUAUCAUCAUCGAUAUUCCGCUACGAUUGCUUCUGAAGUCACUAUCUGGGAAUUGGCCAACCACUGGACCUGCUCUAGCCGAGUGGGCUACAAAACGAUCCUAUCAGUUCAUUGUCAUGUUUGAAGUUCUCUAUUUGGCGUCCAGCAUUAGACAUCGACGUAUUCUCGUUGAAGCUGUACAGCCUUUAUCAUCAUUGAAGUUCAAAUUCAUGAAUCCGACGGGUCGAUGUUAG